AAGCAACAUGAAAUCAUUAUCGAUACUCAUAAUAUCAUUCCUUUGCAUGCUCAUCAAUGCAUUGCACAUGGAGAUCCCAUCAUCGCCUAACCCAUCUCCAGUGUGUAUCCGUGACUUUGUACAAAAGGAUCAAAUGGUGGUUAUAAACUUGAAAACCGACGGUAAUAAAGGUGAUGGACAAAGAUUGGAUUUGAAAGUAACUGAUCUGGUCGGCAACGAAUACAGAAACAAGAGGGAUAUACUCGGUGAAGUCAAGAUUGCAUUCACAUCUCAUGACAAUGCUGCUUUUGACAUUUGUUUCACUAACCACCAAGAAAAGAAAUGGGGUAGAAACUCCAAAAUUCUGUUUAUUAGAAACGUCGAAUUGGAUAUUGAAAUUGGUGCUGCUGCUAGAGAUUGGAAUGCUUUGCAAGCCAGUGAAAAGUUGAAGCCUAUUGAACUUGAAUUGAGAAAGAUUGAAGGAUUGACUAGUGAAAUUGUCGAGGAAUUACAAUACUUGAAGGCCAGAGAAGAAAGAAUGAGAGAUACUAAUGAAUCUACCAACUCUAGAGUUAAAUGGUUUUCCAUCACUGUUAUUUUAGCCCUUAUUGGAUUGGGUGUUUGGCAAAUUCAAUAUUUAAGACACUAUUUCAAGGUCAAGCAUAUCAUCUAAGUUUGCAAUUUAUAUAUACCUUACCAUGUGUUUUUUAAUAUAUCAACAUAGCUUUCAAAAUAAACUUCUUGUUUAUAUUUUUCUGCUUGUUCUGUAGUUAUUGAAAAUUUCUCCAAUGGAUCAUUGCAUUGAUCAACAUACUCUUCAAAUACACCUGUUCUAAGCACAUCGGCCUUUUCACAUAUAUCAAAUAUUGUAUCUACUUCAAUACUGUCCUUGUCGUCUAAAUCGUUAACCACUUGGGUAAACAACCAACUCAAGACAAAGUUGAACUUGAGCCAGGUUUGUAGAAAACUGUUGAACGAAACAAACGUUUCAUCCUCCGUAAUCAGCAAGUAAAUGUUACUUGUUCCCAUCCAUUUUAAUACUAAUUGCAAAUUUUCAUCUUGCUCACUUGUAAGUCUAAAGUCAAAUUGGGGAACCCCAGUUAUUUCAGUUAGAAAAUACUGUGAAAGAGUAACCAAAAAGCUUUUCCUAUACAUAAGCUCGAUGUGGCUUUCGGAAUGUAUGCUAUAGUAAAAUUCAAUCAAGUAGUUAUAGUCCAUAGUCAAUAAUUUUUGUGUUAGCUGCUUCAAUAGUUGAGACAUGGAUGUGCUACUUGAAUCAUCCUCAUUCUUAAGAAAGGACCAGUAAUAGACCAUAUUGACUAUUUUAAAACGAAGAUUUAAGGAAUGUAAGUUAUCUUGCUUAUUUUGAGUUAGUGCUGGUUCGCUCUUUUGAAGUAAAUCCUUUUCAUACAGGUAGCAUGACUUUGGGAUAGGCGAAUCUCUAUGAGACAAUCCAUUGAAAACAAAUUCGAUUAGUCGAUCGUACCAACUCGCUUUAAAAUGGGCCAAUUGAGUAAUUAGUCUUUGGAGUAAAUCACCUUUCUGAACAAGAUCAAUUUCAACGAGGGUGAAUAUUAACUGGAGGACAUUACUAUGGGUGGUGUAUAUUGCAUGGUAAUUUGAAUACGAAUUAGAACUCUUUCCACAACAGUAAAAUGUCCAGUUGAUUAAAUUCCAUAUUGUGAAGUUCUUCUUUGGGUGGAGUC